UUUUCCGGCGAGCUCGGAUUUUCUUUCCGUUUCAACGGAUCUGAGACAUACUUCAAUGGCAGACAAGGAGUUGUGGAUAUCUCUUCAAAACCUGAAUCUCGGCUUGGAGCGUAGCCCUUUAAAGAUCUCAAAUGAUGCUAAAAACAGGCGAGAUGCCGAACACCGGCUUAGUCUUGUUGUUCAAGGACUACAUCCUUCUCAAAAUCCAGCUGGAAUUAAGGUGAUAAUGCCGAAGAUUUGGAAAUUGGAAGGCCGUGUUACCAGUCGAAUUAAUGAUGAUGGAUCUGUCCAAUUCUUCUUCAAGCAUGAACACCAACUUCUUACAGUUCUUGAUAACGGGCCAUGGACCUAUAAAGACUGGCUUGUUGUAGUUGAUCGCUGGACCCGUCGAAAUUACCCGGAUUUCCUUCGUAUCAUCCGCUUUUGGGUAAAAAUUCUGAAUCUUCCAGAUGAUUCUAAGAGUGACAGCGUGAUUCGCGAAGUUGGUGGAGUGUUGGGUCAUGUUGAUGAGGUUCAUAUACAACAACCGUCUGCAGACCAAGUUGGGGAAGUUCGAGUCCGUGUCCCAAUUGAUGUUGAUGAUCGGUUACUCUUUGCUCGCUACUUCAACUUGGAUGAUUCUCGACCGCCAGUGCUGAUUCGAUUUGUUUACGAUAAACUCCGUAGAUUCUGUUCUACCUGUGGAGGCCUCAACCACCUUUCUACACACUGUAACUUCCAAGCUCAAGAAACGGAGCACUUGCAGUUACCACCUCCAAUCCAUGUCCAUAUUGCGCAUCACAUGGUAGACCAACCACAUACCCCUACUGAAGGUGCUGAUGAUACAAUGGGAGAAACAGUAGGGUCCAAUCUGAAUAUGGAGGUGUCAGAAAAUCAAGAUCAGAAUGCUUCUCAAGGAGAAGAUAUGGAGUUUACUCAUCCAAGAGAAGUCCAAGAUACAGUUAACGCUACUUUUGAGGUUCAGGAAAUGGGUGCAGGUUCAGUGUCUGGACAGAACAGAGGAACCAAGAGAAAGGUUAAUGACUCAGCUGACGCAGAACAGGCUUCGACUUCUAACAAGAGAACUCAAGGGGAGAUUGAUAUCAUGUUCCUCGUGGAGACGAAAAAUAAGGAUCACUAUGUACAGAAACUAGAUAUGUACAUUACUGAAGGCCAAUCUACCUUUUGUCUUACCUAUGUGUAUGGUAAUCCUGAGAGAAAGUCAAGACAAUACAUGUGGCAGAAGAUAGAAAAUCUAGUUAGAGGAGGUCUUUACCAAAGCAAGCCUAAAGUGGUUCUCGGUGAUUUUAAUGAGAUAAAAAAUAACCAGGAGAAGCUUGGAGGACCACCUAGGCCAGAAUGGCAAUUUCUAAAUUUCAGAAGGAUGCUAAAUGUCUCUGGGCUUCAUGAGAUAAAAACGUUUGGAGGUAUAUUCACUUGGAUUGGGAAUCGUAGUGUUGGUACUAUUCAAUCCAAACUUGAUAGAGUGGUGGCCACUGCAGAAUGGAAGGAUAAAUUCCCUAAAGCUCGAGUCCAGCUUCUAGACUGGGUUGGUUCUGACCAUAAACCGUUGCUGCUGUUUACAGAUGACAACAAAUGGAGAGGUAUGAAAUUAUUUCGCUAUGACAAUCGCUGGAGAAAUAAUAGAGAAUUGCAGCUGGCUCUCCAAAAUACUUGGGAUCAAAAAUGCAAAAUGUUGCCUCCACAAGAAUUUCAAGAAGCUCUUAAGAAGUGCAGGAACAAUAUUUCUUCUUGGAAGUCAGAACACAUCAAUAACUCUCACCAGAAGAUCCAGCGGCUUCAUGAAGCACUUCAGAAAGCGUAUAACUCUCAUUCUCUUGAUUUUAAUUACAUUACUAGCUUAAAACAAAAAUUACAGCAGGAGUACAAAUCGGAGGAAGAGUAUUGGAGAACCAAAAGCAGAGUAUUGUGGAUGCAGGCUGGUGAUAAAAACACCAAGUAUUUUCAUGCCAAAACUAAGCAACGAAGAAGUUAUAAUCGUAUCACUGCCCUUGAGGAUGAUGAUGGCAAUGUUCAGCAGUCUGAUAAAGAUAUUCAGAACAUUAUACGAUCAUACUUUACUAACCUUUAUUCCUCUUCUGGCAGUGAAAAUCUCGACCUAGUUCUCCAACAUAUCCAGCCCAAAGUCACUACAGUUAUGAACCAGCAGCUCACUGCUCCUGUUACCGAGGAAGAAAUCUUUCAUGCUCUUGCUCAGAUGAAUGUUGAUAAGGCGCCAGGCCCUGAUGGACUCACAGCGGGGACUCUCUUCCCUUCUUACUCAUGCAAUGAACACAAAUGCUAUUCAUGGCUUCAAAGCUAGUUGCAAUGGACCAGCUGUUGGUGUCGGAUC